GGUCGUCUCUAAUGUGCUGGCUGCCUCCUCCAUUCUGUCCGCUGGCGUCUCUCCUCCUUUAACAUCUUUUAUUCAAGUUGCGACCAAAGAGACGGAGGGCUUGUUGACGUCAGCAAACUAGUCCAGCAGCUGUAGAGGAGCUGAGGAAGAGGAGGAGGAGGAGGAAGAGGAGGAGGAGGAGGAGAGGGACUGAGAGAGCCUGCUGGAUGUGGAGCUGUGACUGUGGAGCGGAGCACCGGGGGCUGCUGUUACCUCGACGGGACUGUUCGGACUUGUUCCUGUUUCGCAAUAAAUCAUGGAUGCACACCCCGGAAGCACUGGCCAAGCAUUACAUACCCUACAAUGUCAAGUUCCUUGGAAACACAGAGGUUGGCCCCAAAGGCACAGAAGUUGUGAAGGAUGCAGUCCGAAAGCUAAAGUUUCAGAGACAUAUCAAGAAGUCAGAGGGACAGAAAACCCCCAAAGUGGAAUUGCAAAUCUCCAUUUAUGGUGUGAAGAUACUUGAUCCCAAGACAAAGAUGUGCAGGCAUAACUGUCAGUUACACAGGAUAUCCUUCUGUGCAGAUGACAAAACUGAUAAGAGGAUAUUUACUUUUAUCUGCAAAGACUCAGAGUCCAACAAACACCUGUGCUAUGUGUUUGACAGUGAAAAGUGUGCAGAAGAGAUAACUCUGACCAUCGGUCAGGCCUUCGACCUGGCUUACAAGAAGUUCCUGGAGUCUGGAGGCAAAGACGUGGAAACCAGGAAACAGAUCGGAACCCUACAGAAAAGAAUUCAAGAACUGGAAACAGAAAACUCUGAGCUGAAGCAACAGCUUCAAGAUCUUGAAGAGCAGCUGAUGAUAGCUCAUGUUCCACCACCGCUGCACAUAAACGCAGCUAAUGAAGCGUACAUGCUGCAGAGACCCUCCUCUCUCUUCUGGUGUCACAGCAUCAAGUCACUCUCCUGUUUGGAGAUCUCCUCUGUCACGCUCACUCCUAUGAGCUCGCCGGAGUCCAACUUGUCCAGCGGGCUACUAACUCCUCCGCCUGCCAAACCCGCUCUCCUUCCUCCUAAGCCUACCGAGGGAUGCAGCAUCCCACGGCCUCGCGCAGGGAGUAUCUCCAUGAAACCACAGUCUACAGAUGUUUUCGACAUGGUUCCUUUCUCCCCUGGGACACCGCUGGCUCCCACACUGGCCAGCAACGGCUGCCCGCCACCACCACCGACCACAUUACCACCAGAUAUAAGGAAGGACCUGUUUGGUGCUGAGCCGUUUGAUCCGUUCACCUGUGGGUCAGCUGACUUCCCUCCAGAUAUUCAGUCGAAGCUGGACGAGAUGCAGGAGGGGUUCAAAAUGGGACUAACCUUAGAGGGCACCGUCUUCUCUCUGGACCCACUAGACAGCCGCUGCUGAUGCCAUGAAGAUGCUCUUUGUCGCGUACUUUUAACUUGUUUGUAUGAAGAAGUGCCAAAAUCCACUCCGAGGUUGAGUCAAGAUGUCACAGUUUUCAUCUUGAGGUUUAUAUGCAUUUGCAUUUAGAUUGUUUUUUUUGUUGUUGUUGUUGUUUUUUUCAAUAUUUCAAUGUAAUCUCAGAUCCAUUAUAGAAAACAACUAUUUUUGUAAAAAUGAAAAAAAAAUACUUUUGCUUGCACAGGCAAUGAGAGAUGUAAAUAGUCAAAUAUGUCCAAUGGUACACUCUGUGGCCAAAUUUUCAUAUGAGACAGUUUGUGUGUAUGCACCAUUUGAAUUCUGUAUUGUUAACACAUUCCUGUUUGUAUGCCAAACACAUGCUGGUGCGGAAGGUAAAUGGAAUCUGUAUCAUUAACACAAUCUUUCAGCUUGCCCAUAACAUCACAUAGCUUAUUUUACUCAACAUGAAGUCACACAUGUAGUUCAUUAAUCCAGUCUGAUAUAUAUACGUAUAUAUUGGCUUACUGACCUUUCCACCUUUUGUUUUCAACAUUGACUUGUUUUUUUUUGUUUGUUUGUUUUUGGUUUGUUUUCUGCAUUUCACAAGUUUGAGUUACCAUUUCAGUAUUUACGUGUCAUAUUUUUACUUUGUCAUCAUUUUAGUCUCUCUUUUCUUGCACCAGAAGGCACUUUUUUUGGACAGCCUCUUUCCAUAUACAGUACUAUUCCAUUAUUUUACUUUUGGUUGCAUUGAUUUUGCUGUUACAGAUAUUAAAGAAAAUCUUACUGAAAAAAAA